ACGUGGCAAGACGUGACAAGAAUUCACCAGCAAAGAACCAAAAACAUGAGCACAGCAGGAAAAGUCAUCAAGUGCAAGGCCGCUGUGCUCUGGGAGCUGAAGAAGCCGUUUGCCAUCGAGGAGGUGGAGGUCGCACCCCCUAAGGCUCAUGAAGUUCGUAUUAAGAUGGUGGCCACGGGGAUCUGUCGUUCAGAUGACCAUGCCAAGACCGGCUCCCUUUACACACCACUUCCUGCGAUCCUGGGCCACGAGGGUGCCGGCAUUGUGGAGAGCGUCGGAGAAGGCGUGACGAGUGUCAAACCAGGUGAUAAAGUCAUCCCGGUGUUCCUUCCCCAGUGUGGAAAGUGCCAGGUCUGCAAGCACCCAGAAGCCAACGUUUGCUUGAAAUUGGACAUUUCCAAGCCGAGUGGGACCAUGCAGGAUGGGACCACCAGGUUGACCUGCAGAGGGAAGCCCAUCAACCACUUCAUAGGCACCAGCACCUUCUCCCAGUACACGGUGGUGCAAGAAUGCGCAGUGGCCAAAAUCAAUGCUGCCUCCCCGCUGGACAAAGUCUGUCUCAUUGGCUGUGGGUUUUCUACCGGAUACGGGUCUGCCACCAAAGUUGCCAAGGUCACUCCAGGCUCUACCUGCGCCGUGUUUGGUCUUGGAGGAGUCGGUCUGUCAGUUGUGAUGGGCUGUAAAGCAGCGGGGGCAGCCAGGAUCAUCGGAAUAGAUAUCAACAAAGACAAAUUUGCAAAGGCCCAAGAGGUGGGUGCCACCGAGUGCAUCAGCCCAAGGGACUUCCAGAAACCCAUCGAGGAGGUGCUGAAGGAGAUGAGUGGAGGAGGUGUAGACUUUUCAUUUGAAGUCAUUGGUCGGCACGACACCAUGAUGGCUGCCCUGAUGUGCUGUCAGGACUCAUAUGGAGUAAGCGUCAUUGUUGGAGUGGCUCCUAAGUCAGAGAUGCUUUCUCUGAACCCCAUGCUGUUGCUGACGGGACGCACGUGGAAAGGAGCUCUCUUUGGUGGCUUUAAGAGUAGAGAUUCUGUCCCAAAACUUGUUGAAGAUUUUAUGGCUAAGAAGUUUUCGAUGGAUUCGUUAAUAACCCAUGUUUUACCUUUUGAAAAAAUAAAUGAAGGAUUUGAGCUGCUUCAUUCUGGAAAGAGCAUCCGUACGGUCCUGACGUUCUGAGGUCACAUGAAGGUUACCUUUGCUGGGAGCAACCUCCUAGCCCUUCCACCAUGAGGAACAUCCGCUGAAUGACACCACCAACUCUGGUUUUCAAAGAUGUCGUCAUCAUUCACACAUGAGUAUUUUGCAAAAUCAAUGAUUGAUAUGAAAUCAUUUUCCAAGAAAAUGUGUGAGACCUUACUUAGUGAGGGCUAGAUGGAAUACCAGCCAGGUAACUAAAUAUGAUCAACUUCUUUCUUAGCCGUUCUGAGCUUGUCAUUUUUCCCUUUGAGCAAAGAUGUUUCUCUUCACCUGUUGCAUUUUGUUGUAUUUUUGCUGCCCUAUGUCCUGAUGUUAACCUACUUGCUCCCGUAAUCAAGAGGAACAAUUGUAUUUGAAAACUUCUGCUUCUAUUUCCAUUGUCUGUGUUUUCUUUUCUAUAAAUAUACCAAAGCCUAUGGGUAACAGUACAUCUAGGGAAGGAGACAUUCAGAUUUAUUAUGUGGAGAGGAUCUGAAACUUCAAAUCCAAUAAUUUUUUAGGCAAAUACAUU